AUGAAGAAGUUUUAUAUGAUGCGGGAGUUCAAGGCACGACUGAUCCAACUUGUACCAAACGAUAUAAUAACUUCUAUAUGUGGUAUACAUCCCGUACAUCCCGAAAACCAGGAUGUUGUAGACGAUACAGCCAAGAAAAAACGAAUGGUUUGGAAACUUAAUGCGCGAAUGGCUCAACUGACAUGGAAUGACAUCGGAGAAGCUGUAACACGUGACCAUGAGAGAUUACGAUCCGUUUUACUAAUCAGACUACAAGUCAAGGAAUUGAUGACAUCCAUGACUAAUGAAUAUUACCAGAGAGCUAAGAAAAGGCACCGGAAUGGUAAACGAAGGGUUAGGAGGAUAAUUGCCAACUUAUCACGAAAACGGAAAAGGGAUAGGACCUACCAUCAUCGCGCCAUAGCAUCCAUCGAAGCAAAGUUAAAGACAAUCCAGUAUAAUUCUGAAAUCAGAUUGGGAAGCCAGCCAGAGCAAUCUCAUAGGAUUACCCAAAUUUGUGAUAUCACCGGAAAAAAGCAUAAUUUCGAGUUUAUACGUACAAGUAGGAAUGAUGUAAAAGAAGAUUACAAAAGGAUAAAUGCUAGUAAUCUGGCUGUAACGAAAGAAAUCGAAAAUGAACUGGGAAUUACAGUCAAUGACGGAGAUGGCAACUCGGAUCAAUAG